AUGUCGGGUACGAAUUGGGUGGAAAAUCGAUACCAAUUGGUCGUCAAUCCGGAGCAACGCGUGUUCGAUGAGAUUUUGGAGCAGGUGGUGCUCACCGAGGGCUGGAGUUUCCAGAAGAACGACUACCAAAUAUGGAAUCAAUAUGAAGGACAUUGGUUUCUUGCGAUCGUUGAUGGCGAAAAAUGCGCCGCGUGCGUUUCUUUGUGCAAAUCGCGUUUGCUCAAUGGCGAGCCGUUGUUCACAGUGGCCCUGUUCUACUGUAGGCCAGAAUAUCGGGGAAUGGGCUUCGGGCAUGUUCUAUUCAAUUCCAUCAAAUCCAUUUAUGGCAAUGCCAAUGUUAGCUUGUUUGGUGUCAUGGGAAUGGUCGAAUGGUACGAGAAGCGGCACGGAUUUGAACGAAUGCUACCGUACACCCAUUCUGUUGGUGUAGUUCGCACGGAGAAUAUUGAGGUGAUAAGAAGCUGCUCGAAUGAUAGCGUUGAGAGUCGACGAAAAAUGAUGAAAGCCUGGCUUACAGCACCUGGCACGUUUUGCAAGUUGGCCAGGUGCCAAACUACUGGCAGAGUUCUGGGAUUCGGCGCUCUUCGAGAAGCGCUCCAUGAAAAAUUGAUAAUUUCGCCGCUUUAUGCCGAAUCAUAUGAGGCUGCGGUCUCCAUAAUUGUUGCUCUUCUUUUAAUGGUCCCGCGGAUUCACACCUAUAAGACGAUUUCAGCGGUGUAUCCCACAGGAAAUCGGGCAAUGGAUAGAAUAUUAUCGACAAUUUCGAAUGGGAAAUUCGAAAAAAUCGAGUAUGCUCGGAAUCAGUUCACCAAUCGAAUUGUGGCGAGCGACACGCGCAAAGUGUUCGCGAUUCGCCAUUGCGCCCACGGAUAUGUUUAA